AUGAAGGAUGUUGUGAAGGUGGCCCUAGUGGGCCUUGGUCGUGCCGGCCACUUCCACAUGGAGUCGGUCCUUCAGCUGCCUGGUAUUGUUCGGCUUGCAUGGGUCAUUGAUAUUGAUACGGAGAAGGCCAAGCGCAUUGCAACCGAAAAGGGCUGCAGGUGGUCCAGCAGUCUAGAUGCUGCCCUGGCAGGUCCAGAUGCUGUUGAUGCAGUGAUCAUUGCCUCAGCAACGGACACGCAUUUCCCGUACAUCAUGCAGGCUCUGAAUGCUGACAAGGCAGUCCUUGCAGAGAAACCCAUCUCCCAUGAGUUGAAUGAAGUUGUGGAAGCCGUUGAAUUGGCCAAACAGAAAAACCUUGCAUUUGUGUGUGGCUACCAGCGACGUGCAGAUCGUCAUUUCCGCGAGUUGAAGCGCCAAUUAGAUGCAGGAGCUAUUGGGAACCUGAAGCUGCUGAAAACAUGCAGCCGGGACAAUCCCAUUCCUCCUAUGGAAUACCUACGCACCAGCGGUGGAAUUUUUCAUGACAUGUUGAUUCAUGACUUUGAUAUGCUUGACUUUCUCAGUGGCGGCCAAAUACCAGAAUCUGUCACCGCCACUGGCCAUGCCUACCACCCGGAAAUCAAAGCGAUGGGUGAUGUUGACACCUGUGCAGUGAUGUUCAAGUAUCCCAGUGGCCUCAUCGCCAUGGUGGAUACGAGUCGAGAUGCAUCCUACGGCUACGAUCAACGGAUCGAGGCCUUCGGCGAGCAGGGCAUGCUCAGUGCCAAGAACAACUUGACGAGCACCAUCGAGCUUGCUACGGCGGAUGGCCAUUUGAUGCCGCCCGCCAUGUACAGCUUUCCGCAGCGGUACCAUGAGGCCUAUCGCUCUGAGCUGACGGAGUUCAUCGAGCUGGUGCGGGCCGGCCCAGAGAGCAAGAUGCAUCGCCUGGAGCAGCAGGCAAUGCUGCGACAUCCCAACGUUGUCCGGACCACCAUCGCGGCGGAGAUGUCCUGGAAGCAGGGAAUGACUGUCCAGGUGGCCUCCAUCCAGCCUCACGUGCUGCCCACACCUGAGCCGCCACAGAAGCUGCUGCGAACACAGGUGCCAGAAGGAUAUCCCCAGACCUCAGCCUCGGAUGAGAAGCAUGCCAAGCAAACCAUGGCUUUUGUCAAAGGCCAGCAGGAGCGAUGGUUGAAAUUUAACAAAGGAGAGAAGAGCAUCAUGGAUGUAUUGAAGUUUUUGGACGAUGAGCCCUUCCAACGAGCUGAAUGUAUCAGGGCUUCCUGGCCUGGAGAGGAGUAUGAGUGGUUCCACUUGGUGGGUUUGCUCCACAAUCUGGGCAAGAUCAUGGCUGCUCCUGAGGUUGCGGGCCAGGAGGCUUUGGAUCAAUGGGCUGUGCUGGGUGAUACCUUCCCAGUUGGUUGUGCACCAGCGGAAGACGCCUGUCUUUUGCCUGAAGCCUUCAAAACAAAUCCAGACUACUCGCACCCACUCUAUGGAACCAAGAAUGGCAUCUACAAGGCUGGCUGUGGCAUCUCCAAUCUUAUCAUGUCAUGGGGGAAGGAUGAGUAUGCCUACCAAAUGCUGAAGCACAACGGAUGCACUCUACCUGGGUCAGCCUUGGAGCUAAUCCGUUUGCAGUCCUUCUUCUCUUGGUUUGACCAGGGCGCCUACUGCCACUUCCAAGCUCCCUGUGAUGCUGAAACCUUGAAAUGGGUGAAGGAAUUCAACAAGAUUGAGCCUUCGCUGGAAGCCAAAAAUGGGCAAGGUAGCGAGGCCUACUACGCGGGCUUGUUGAAGAAGUACAACAUCGACGGCAAGCUCAAAUGGUGA